GAUGUGUGCGGGAGUGAUUUCUUAAGUAGUUGAGUUGUGGAGACGGAGGGUACGGCCGCUGAUGGUGAAGGCAGGUUUUGUUUUCAUUGGUGAAUCUGGUGUCAUCAUAUUCCGGUCAUAUGUUGAAAUAUUCUUUGUUUAGGUCUUGAAGUACGAGGAUCUCACUCGGCACGUCCACAUUGUGCUGUUGGGGAAGGCUGGCUCUUGCGAGUGUGGGUUUCUUGAAUCUCAGGCGUGGAAUGAAGGUCCGGGUGUGUGUGGGCCUGGGCACUGGCCUUGACAGUGAACUUUGUGGCUGGUGUUUCGGAUUUCAAAGAUCUGCCCCAGAGCUGGGGUGCGGAUUUUUUUUUUUUUUUCCUCUCUCUCAAUAGUAGAUGUCGGGAAUGCAGAUGCUGGAACUGGGGAAGUUGGGCAAGAGCCUUUCUGUAUUAAUAAUUGAUAGCUGAAUAUUAGAAUCAGAUUAAUUGGAGCUGAUGGAAGUUUUUUUUUCCCCUGUUUUGUGUAUGUGUGUGUGUGUGUUUUAAAAGCACUUGUGCGCUCUAGGAAGGCAGCCCUUUUUCCUAGGUGCAUCCUGUAGGAUUUCUUUAGGGUGAGCAGCCCGACUGUGUUCUUCUAGAAGGGGUGCUCACAGGCUCCCCGGCGUUACCGAGGGCUUGGAGUGGGGGACCCACGGGGGAGGGGAGAAAAGCUAAGCAUAGUUUUCUGGGAUUUGUAUGAUUUGUUUACAUCUAGCUUGCACUCACGUUUGGGCAGUAAAUAGGUCAGCUUUUCUUUCUGGUUUUGAAGACUGCCUCCUCUCUUUAUUUUAAAGUUUCACCAUGGGCUUGUAGCAUUGUAGGAAACUUAACCUAUUUUUUAAAAAUUGGAAAUAGUAUUAUUGUAAUUUUGUAAGUUUCUUUUUCUGGCUCCUGUGGGAUCUGUGUUGCUGGCUUGUUCAGGAUCAUAUCAGAGGUUUGAAGAAGGCAUUCUAAAAUCCGAGGAUGCAUCUUUUGAUAGCAGAGAGGAUUUUUUUUUUUUUUUUUUUUUUGCUUGGAGUUACACUGAUGUUUGUAAGAAAAAAAAAUCCUGUACUUAAGACUUCUGUAGAUGUACGGUUGCUCUUCAAUGCAGGGCAUAGUAAUAGAGCAGAAAAUUCUCAAAAUACAAGCAUCUGGCUAACAUGUUACAGAAUCCCUGAGCUUUGGGGUACAUCAGACUUUGACUUUUUGGUACAUAACCGAAUUUGCAUUUUAACUGGCGCUACUUGGCUGCUCAUGAGAAAGUUUUUUCUUUAGAGCCUUUGAAGGCUUUGGAAAUUAGUUUUUAGGUAAUUUUGCAAGCAUGAUUUAAGCCUGUUGUGCUCUGGACUUGGGCAAGUCUUUAUGGAAGUGAAAUGGUUUUAAGUUAAAGACACCCACCCCAUCAUUGGCACAUUUGAUUUUUUAAGAGGUGUUAAGUGAUCGAUGGGGCCCUAUUUUCUUUUAGCUUUGAAGAGUCCAUCUUUUUUCCUAUUCAGUCUUCUGGAAGGAGCUACCUCAGAAAUACUCUUCUGCUUACAUGAAGAUCUCUAAAUGCAAUCCAGCAGGAGGUGCUACAGCAAGAUAAAGAUUUUUUUUUUUUUAAAUUUUGAGGGUCUUGCUACUUACUGCAGCUAUCCUUAGCCUCACCUGAACAACAGGAUUUAACACCUUAAAAGUUCCAGGAAGAAUUCGAGGAGAUAGAGAGCUGAAGGAUAGCCACUUUCCCCAAAAUUGGACUUCUCAGAACCUUUAAUAUGCUAAUGUGCAUCGUGAAUCUCCAUGCGGGGGCUAUGAUAUGCAGCAUUCUUGAAUACUUCUAAUGACAGGGAGCCCACUACCUCAUAAGGGGCAUCCUGGGGUACACUAUGUCACGACUUACUGUUACAGUAACUGUUGGUUGCUGCAGUGAGAAGAGGCGUUUGUUACUUUAAACAAAGGCUGAAGAACCUAUAAAAUAAGCCGGCCUAAGAGAAAGUGGAGAAGGUAGAGGAUGGAGUUGCAGACUCUACAGGAGGCUCUGAAAGUGGAAAUUCAGGUUCACCAGAAACUGGUUGCUCAGAUGAAGCAGGAUCCACAGAUAUUUUUUCUUUCCAAUCAGAAUGCUGACUUAAAGAAACAGCUUCAUGAACUCCAAGCCAAAAUCACAGCUUUGAGUGAGAAGCAGAAAAGAGUAGUUGAACAGCUACGGAAGAACUUGAUAGUGAAACAAGAACAACCAGACAAGUUCCAAAUCCAGCCAUUGCCACAACCUGAAAACAAACUACAAACAGCACAGCAACAACCACUCCAGCAGCUCCAGCAGCAGCAGUACCACCACCACCACGCCCAGCAGUCGGCCGCACCCUCCCCCGCCUUGACUGCUUCUCAGAAGACUGUAACCACAGCUUCUAUGAUUACCACAAAGACACUACCUCUCGUCUUGAAAGCAGCCACUGCUACCAUGCCAGCCUCUGUCGUGGGCCAGAGACCUACCAUUGCUAUGGUGACCGCCAUCAAUAGUCAGAAGGCUGUACUUGGCACCGAUGUCCAGAACACGCCAGUCAACCUGCAGACGUCCAGUAAGGUCACUGGGCCCGGCACGGAGGCUGUCCAAAUUGUGGCAAAAAACACGGUCACUCUGCAGGUUCAGGCAACACCUCCUCAACCCAUCAAAGUCCCACAGUUUAUACCCCCUCCUAGACUCACUCCACGUCCAAACUUUCUUCCACAGGUUCGACCCAAGCCUGUGGCCCAGAACAACAUUCCUAUUGCCCCAGCACCUCCUCCCAUGCUGGCUGCUCCUCAGCUUAUCCAGAGGCCCGUCAUGCUGACCAAGUUCACCCCCACCACCCUCCCCGCAUCCCAGAAUUCCAUCCACCCCGUCCGUGUUGUCAAUGGACAAACCGCAACCAUAGCCAAAACGUUCCCCAUGGCCCAGCUCACCAGCAUUGUGAUAGCUACUCCAGGGACCAGACUCGCUGGACCGCAAACUGUACAGCUAAGCAAGCCAAGCCUUGAAAAACAGACAGUUAAAUCCCACACGGAAACAGAGGAAAAGCAGACCGAGAGCCGUACCAUCACCCCGCCCGCCGCACCCAAACCAAAACGGGAGGAGAACCCUCAGAAACUUGCCUUCAUGGUGUCUCUAGGGUUGGUAACACAUGACCAUCUAGAAGAAAUCCAAAGCAAGAGGCAAGAGCGAAAAAGAAGAACCACAGCAAAUCCGGUCUACAGCGGGGCCGUGUUUGAGCCAGAGCGUAAGAAGAGUGCCGUCACAUACCUGAACAGCACAAUGCAUCCUGGGACCCGGAAGAGAGGUCGUCCUCCAAAAUACAAUGCAGUGCUGGGGUUUGGAGCCCUUACCCCAACAUCCCCCCCAUCCAGUCAUCCUGACUCCCCCGAAAGUGAAAAGACAGAGACCACAUUCACUUUCCCUGCACCUGUCCAGCCUGUGUCCCUGCCCAGCCCCACCUCCACAGACGGUGAUAUCCACGAGGACUUUUGCAGUGUGUGCAGAAAAAGUGGCCAGUUACUGAUGUGCGACACGUGUUCCCGUGUGUAUCACCUGGACUGUUUAGAGCCUCCACUGAAAACCAUUCCCAAGGGCAUGUGGAUCUGCCCCCGAUGUCAGGACCAGAUGCUGAAAAAGGAAGAAGCAAUCCCGUGGCCUGGAACCUUAGCUAUUGUGCAUUCCUAUAUCGCCUACAAAGCAGCAAAAGAGGAAGAGAAGCAGAAGCUACUUAAAUGGAGCUCAGAUUUGAAGCAAGAGCGAGAACAGCUGGAGCAGAAGGUGAAACAGCUCAGCAGCUCCAUAAGUAAAUGCGUGGAGAUGAAGAACACCAUCCUGGCGCGGCAGAAGGAGAUGCACAGCUCCUUGGAGAAGGUCAAACAGCUCAUCCGCCUCAUCCACGGCAUCGACCUCUCCAAACCUGUGGACUCGGAGGCCGCCGUGGGGGCCAUCUCCAACGGCCCGGACUGCACCCCCCCCGCCAGCGCCACCCCCUCUACGCCGGCCCCCUCCCCAGCCUCCCAGAGCUGCACAGCGAACUGUAACCAGGGGGAAGAGCCGAAAUAACAGCCCCUCCAGGAGGAGCUGCGGGGCCCCGGCGGCGAGGAGAGCAAAACCCUGAAGACUCUAGCGAAGCCAAGCCGGAUUCCUUCUGGAAAGUGCAGAAUUCUUUUGGUUCUUUGGUUCCAGAGAGAGAGAAGAUGCGUGUGCCAGGUGGCACCGGAGUUUGCCAAUUGACCUUCUCGUCCUGUGUGUACAUGCAAAGACUGGACCGUGUUCCAUGAGAUAGUGCCAGCUGGAGGUGCUGUGCCAGCACCAUGCCAAGUGAAAUAAUAUAUUUACUCUCUCUAUUAUACACCAGUGUGUGCCUGCAGCAGCCUCCACAGCCACCACGGGUUUGUUUCUGUUCUGUUGGGUGGGGAGCAGGGGCGGGCGGAGGGAGGAGAGCAGGUUGAGAGCCUUGUCGCCAAGCCGGUCGCCGAGGUGGGGAAAGCAAGUCCAAAGAGCGAGCGUGUGGGCUCUCCUGUUUCCAGACUCUCACUCGAAAACCAAAAAAGGAAACCGACAUAGAAGUCGCCCCAGCGCCCACCAGCGGGCAGGGGCGGCGGGGGAGGGGGCCAGCAGUGGGGAGCUCUAUCGAAGAAACAGUAUUUACUCUGGUGGGCAGGGAGGGGCGGGGCCACAGUGCCAGGGGAGGUGGAGGUCAAGAACAGCCCCAGGCCCUCCUCCCCACUGGGGUGCCCUGUCCUGCUCGGUGGAAUCUCACACCUCCAUGGUGACUCUCCAGUCCCUCCCUCAAGAGCAAGGAGACCCCCCCCCAACCAUGGCCUUCCGUGAGACAGAAGGGCGAGCGUCCAGGAAGGGAAGCAGGUGGGUCCAGAGAUUUUACUUGAAAAUGAGCACCAUCCCUUUUCUAUAUUUAUAAGAAGAGAAGAUCUGAGCAAAGCAGCACGUGACCCAGGGGUGUGGGAGACGAAUGGGGACAGUUCUUUUUCUCUCUUUCGAUUUUUGGUUUUUUUUUUUUUUGGUUUUGUUCUUUUUUUUUUUCCUUUAAAGAAAGGUUUAUUUUGUUGUUUACUUUUUUGGUAACAAAAACUAAACUAAGGAAUCGCGACGCUGUUUUCAGGCUGACAGUCCGGUGAGGGUCGCCGAGACCGUGCAUGGUAGAGUAGGCGUCCUAGUGUCCGUGAGGUCCCGUGAGUCUUCGUGAGUCCUGUGUCAUCGUCCGGCCACUGUUUUUUUAUGCAAGGGCAAAAAUCUUUGUAUCUGGGGGAAAAAAAAAAACAAACAAGCAAACAAACUUUUUUUAAAUUAAAAAGGAAAAUAAAAGAUAUUGAGGUCUUCCUAGUGUUAAUUAAAUUAAGAUCAAGGUAAGAAAACGUUGUAAAAAAAAAAGAAAAGAAAAGAAAAAACUACAAAAGUGCUAUUUGUUUCCUAAAAACAGUGAUUUCUAUUAAAAAGGUGUCAGAACUGGAGCAAUGCCGUGUAGUUACACUUUUUUGAGCACAGAACCUGCUCAUCAUGGUGACAUUUGGCUAUGUCUUCUGCCUCUAGACGGGUGGGCCAGUGUCCGCGAAGGGCGGGACAGGGACCUCAGCUCCUAGGUGGGACACCCACAGCAGCUGUGCAUGGUGGCCCCAGCACCGAGGAGCUCCACAGAUGUUGCUGGCUAGCUGCCUCCCUUUGGUGCUGUUCUAGGUCUCCAGGCACCAGCAUUCUGAGCGCCUGGGGUGAGGGGGGUGAGGACGCUGCUGAAGGCAUAGACUGCAGAGCUGCCAGGGCCUGUGGACCCCAGCCCUGGCUGAGUGGUGUGCAGGGUGGGGACAGGUUAGCUACUUUAGUUAUUUUAGCCCUGGUCACUUAGGAAGAACAGAGGAGUAGGAAGAGGGUACCUACCUACCAGCUCCCUGGGUGAGAACGGCAACACCUGCCUUGGCACAGCCUAGGGUGGCCUCGCCUCUGGCAAGACUCCACCAGCAUUUACAAGGUUCAGGUCGGCCUUGAGCCUUGCAGGGAGUUGGCCAGAUGUGGCUGGAGUGGGGCAGGGGGAGGCUGGAGGCUGUGCACCCUGGCUCCCCAGCUCUGGUGACGGCUUAUGGAAUCUGAGAGUGAUAGACACCCAGGGGUGUCUCCUUGCUGUGGUUAGCCCCGGAGACAUGGGGGUGAGCUACGAAAGCCAAUUUACGCACACCACGUCCAUUCCUCCUCCUGUGGGUGUCAUGGCAGCAAGUUUGGGGGCCGUGCCUAGUCAGGAUGUGCCGGAGAUGCCCAGACUGGCGGUAGGAGUAGUUGGCAGAGAACCAGAGAGGAGCCCCGUCUGUCUUCACGCUAUCCUGUUGGACUUGUCUGGGCCCAUCUUUUCUCAGGAGGGGGCGGGAAGCCAUCGUCACCAGCGGCCUUUGUCUCAGCUGGGGUCUCUGCCACCCACCCGCUGACCUCACCUGAGGUUGGGAGGGGUGUGCAUGGCUGAAGAAGUUCAGGUUGAGCAGCUUAGUGUGGCAGUCAGCAAGGAUCUAAAGGGCAGCCCCACCCCCAAAGCUCAUGAACUCAAAUUCCAAGACAUUGCUCGGUGGUAAAGUCCCCUCCCCCAGUCCGGCCACUAGGUCUCCUUGACUUCCCGCUGUCCUGCCGAGACUGGGUGCCCCCUGCAACAACCAGGACCUAGGCUCUGGCACCGCCCUGCGCCUGAGCUAUCCCUGCUGCUUGCCCCUUGCCUUCAGCAACCUGCUCUGCUCUUCUUCCUCCCCCAUCCCCACCCCUACCCCUAGAGCUGAGCAUUGCCCGCUGGGCCUGGGAUGAGGCAGGCCUUGUGGGUAAUGAGGUCAGGCUGCCUGCAUCCCCACCUUGCACAUUCCUGGCCUGCAGCUCGCUUUACCUCUGAUGCCUGCUGGGGCUUGCCUCACUUCCACUGAGCUCCACCCUUCCUGAUCAUUCAGGCCUUGGGGAUGCGCCUGUUGGCUGUACCUGUCAUAGAUUUGCUGGCUGGGGGAAGCCUCCAGCCAGCACUGUGCCAGCUCACUCUA